AGACUACAUUUGUAAUCUUAUACUCAUAAAUUUAGUAAUUUGUUAUCUUUCGUCGCUAAUUGUGUUUGAUUAUGAUUAGUGUUUAUUUUCGAACAUAUCGAGUCAAAGACAAUUAACGAUUAGUAAUAAUCAUUGUUUUACAGACUUCAACUGUUUAAUAACAUAUAUAAAUAAUUACUUUCAAAUAUUGCUAUCGAUAGAAUGACUGGGUUGCUAGUAGUAUUCGGUGGUAUUCGAAAAGCAAAUCGUGCAUAAUCGCGUACUUGAAGAAUACAGUGCAAAAUCGUACAUGCGUGAACCCAACAAAGUCUAUAAUGUUAACAACAAGUUAAUUUGGAAUUAAGAGAAAUAGUAUGGGUCGUAGUCGUACACCUUCACCGGCAAGGAGGAGAGAUCGAUCUCGGGAUCGUGACCGUGAACGAGAACGAGACAGAGAUCGGAGGAGAAGACGCUCUCGUGAAAGGAGGAGAAGAUCUGUUGAGCGCGAUCGAGUGAAAUCAAGGGACAGAGAAAGAGAUCGUGAUCGUGAACGAGACAGGCAUAGACGUUCUUAUAGUAGAUCAAGAUCCAGAGAGCGAGAUAGACCUAAACCCAAAGCGAAACCUGCUACAGCUGAGCGUCCUGUAAUCACAGAGGCCGAUCUGCAAGGCAAGACACCCGAAGAACAGGAAAUGAUGAGAAUAAUGGGAUUCUGUGGUUUUGAUACUACUAAGGGUAAAAAAGUGGAAGGGAACGAUAUAGGCGCUGUGCAUGUUAUCCUAAAGAGAAAGUACAGGCAGUAUAUGAACAGAAAGGGAGGAUUCAAUAGACCACUGGACUUUGUAGCAUAAAACUAUGGAGUUUUCUUGUUGUGCAAGUGUUUUGUUACUUCUGGAGAGUCAGUGAGACAUGUCUCAAUGAUGUAAAAAAUAUUCUUCAUUAUAUUAUACUUAAGUGAAACACAUGAGCAAGUACAUAAUGUGCAAAAAGAUGAAUGACUGAGUGAGCAAUGAAACAUAAAGUAUAUAAUUUCUUAUAAAUACGAUAUUUAAAAAUUAUAUGACCAAGACAAUUCAAUCUUCCAUCCUGGAUCGUUUUCUCGAAGGCGACGCCUGAUCAGUACUGCUGUUCAAUUCUUCACAAUUCGAGCUAUGAGUUUCAUUUUCUGCAUCUUCAGAGUUCAAUAAAGUAAGCUACCAAAUAGAAUAGUUAUUAUAAUAAUGUCAGAAAAGGGUAGAAUUAAAGCCUAAUGUUUUUGUAACGCUAU